ACUGAUCAUUUGUAGACGUCAGGAGGAACGUGACGCCCCACCAUCGAAAAAAAAGGAAAGAUUGCGAAAUUGCAGUGAACUAAAGUUCAAUCUUUACACCUGUCACAUUUAAUCGUAUUGCAACGCAGUCAAUCAGCACCGCAUUGAGACCCUACAGUUUGUUAUUUUCAUCAGGGAAGCUACAAAAAGCAAAACAUGGGGGAAUGGGGCUUUCUCUCCAAGCUCUUGGACAAAGUGCAGUCUCACUCCACGGUCAUUGGGAAGGUGUGGCUCACGGUUCUCUUCGUAUUCAGGAUUAUGGUUCUCGGGGCCGGGGCGGAGAAGGUGUGGAGCGACGAACAAUCGAAAAUGAUCUGCAACACUAAACAGCCUGGUUGUAAGAACGUCUGCUACGACCACAGCUUUCCGAUCUCACACAUUCGCUUCUGGGUUAUCCAGAUCAUCUUCGUGUCCACACCAACGCUUCUGUACUUCGGCCACGUAUUGCACGUGCUUCACCAGGAGAAAAAAAUCACGGAAUUUAUUGAAAACGAGACUGGGAAAAAAGGCCUCAAACACAAAUACAUAGACGAUCGAGGCAAACUCAUAAUCAAGGGACAACUGUUAGGUAGCUACCUGACCAGUUUGUUUGUUAAGAUUUUGCUGGAGGCUGCGUUCAUCGUAGGCCAAUACUAUCUUUACGGUUUCAUAAUGUAUCCCAAGAUCGAAUGUUCAGAAUCACCGUGCCCUCAUACGGUAGAGUGUUUUAUGUCACGACCAACAGAGAAGACCAUCUUUAUCAUCUUCAUGUUGGCGAUGUCGUGUCUCUCUCUGCUUCUGAAUGUGGUGGAGAUGUUGUACCUGAUUUGCUGCAGGUCAAAGAAACGUCGCGCCAGGCAUAUAAAUUCAUCCACUAAAGGGUUAAAUGGAUCAAAAAUUUAAAUUAGAGGAACUGUAAGCUCUAGUAAAAUUUAAAGCGCAAGAAGAAAACAUGUUUAUAGCUAAAUGACACUUGUGUCAGGAUGUCGCCGUGAUUUCACCAAGUAAGAUGUGUUCCUGAAUCAACGUUUUUAUCAAAGAUACCAUAACUCAAACCCUAACCAUUUUUAACCCCUUAAAUUAGUGUGAAAUAAUAGUUUGAGAAUAAUUUUUUUAGCCCAAUUCUAAACCUAAAUUUAACAUACACCCUAAUCCUGCAAUCUGAUUGGUUAAUGAAAAUGUUGAUCCAGGAUCACAUCCCACUUGGUGAAAUCACAUUCACUGCCUGGGUUGACUAUUGUCAGCUUAUCAAUUUUUGAAUCUGGAUUUUAUACAGUAAAUUAUUGUAAUUUUGUGAUAAAUUUGUUUUGCACAUUUUGUUGUUUACUUUUGAAUGAUUCUUUGUUUUUUAGACAAUGUCUUAUCAGAGUAUUAUCAGAAUGAAUGAUAAGAAAUAUCUGCAUGGUGCAACAGGGCAUUUCAGUUAAUUAUAUAUGGAUUUAGUGUAUUAAACUUCAAGUAAGAUAAUAACUUAUAUGAGUUUAUGUCACUAAUCUUAUCAUAUGACAGUUAUUUUUUGAUGCCCAUUGUUUGUGAAAAACAGCACAAAGUUCACAGUCAACCUAUUAUUUGUAUGUUGAAAGAAGAUAUUGUCCUUAAAUGACAUAUUUUCCACAUCCUUUUUUUGGUUAAAAUAAACCCUGUGUCUCUCAUGAAACCAUA